GAACUUGAGCAUCCAGGUAUAAGUAUAUUGCCAUAGAACGCAGUUUGGAGAAUCAUCUCCUUACUCACAAUCAAUAACUCAUACUACAAUCUCCUUUUCUUUCCUAUUUUCCUCAUCUCAUCUUCCUUUACUGUCCAAGCCUUCGCUUCUUAAUCAGUAAUCAUGUCUACCUUCACAAAAGUCAUCGUCGCUGCGCUCACUCUUGGAGCUGUCCAAGCCCUUCCUCAAGCUCAGGGCUUCCCUACCGUCAACGCUACCGCUACUACUACUACGGUCGCACCUCCGGCUCCUACUGCCAACCAGGACGCUCUUUUUGAUGACCUCUUCACUGCCCCCACGGCUAUCAAGCGUUUCCAGAGGCUCCUCACUCAAGGGCAAACUCUCUUCACUGGAGAUGCGUUGAGGAAGUUGGUCGUCUUUACCUUCGACAGGAACACGCCUCCUCCAGCAGGCGCCAACGGUGGUGUCGCUGUUGCAGCAAACAUCGAGAGCUUUCCCAUCCUCACCGGCCUCGGCAUCAGCACCACUGUCGGCUUCCUCGCCCCCUGUGGAAUCAACACUCCUCACGUUCACCCCCGCGCCACCGAAUUCCUCACCCUCGUUGAAGGCAAAAACCUUGAGUUCGGCUACGUCCUCGAAAACGGCCUCGUCAAGGCCGGCGAGAACCCCGAAGUCGCCAGCUACCUCAACAAGUUCGAAGGCACCGUUUUCCCCCAAGGCUCCAUCCACUUCCAGUUCAACAACAACUGCGAAAAUGCCACUUUCGUCGCUACCCUCAACUCCGAAGACCCUGGUACCAGCCAGGUUGCGCAGAACUUCUUUGCUCUCAACUCGGGUGUGCUCAAGGCUACACUGGGAUUCCCCAGCUCCAUUGAUGCGUCCAACAUUGAGGAGUUCCGCAAGCAGAUUCCUCCUAACCUAGCUCAGGAUAUGGAUACCUGCCUUGCCAAGUGCAAGCGUCAGUAAAUCUAGCGCACCCAGACAAGCAAGUGGGGUGGAGAUGGUUUGGCAGUAUGAGGACAUGGCAUUCACGAUUUGAGUAUUCAUAGCGAUGGCGUUUUUACGAUAAUGAUGGGCGAUUUUGGGCUUUUUGGUUACUGAUUCUUUUUUAUUUGAGCUUUUGCGUUAGACUGUUUGACUUCUUGUUUAUACACUCCUUAGAUAUCUAUCAGGAAACACUUGUUUAGCAGGCUUGUUACCUUGCUAUCUCGA